AUGAAAGUCUGUGUUAGAAAAAGCACUUCCACCCCCACGUAUGACUACAUGUAUGAGGAUAAUUGCAGAAGGGGUAUCCAAAAAAUUUCACCUGGCACUACAAGAGUAGAAAUAAUCAGUUUUAUCUUUUUUCCAAAUGGGUACGCAAAAAAAAAAUGCAUCUUCAAUUCGUCAUUGGAAGAAAAUUCGCCACUUUGGAUGCAUGAAGCACAUAGUCUUCUAUUGCAGCAAUCCCCGCAUAUGUCAUUUCCAAUUUCACUACACCUUGUCCUGAUUGGACAACUAAUAGACCUACUAAUAACUCGACUAAUGAAAAUACUAAUUGAAAGAUUUAUCGUGUACAUUCUGGAAGAAGUGAGAAAAUGCAUGAAGAACUUAUUCCUAUGUUACGCCAAAAAGUAUUUGCUACGUCUUUGUAAGUUCAUUGUGUUCGCAAAGUAUCCCUAUUUAAACAUUUCGCUUUGUAAGGAUCAUCAAAAAAUAAUUACAAAUAUGAUUACUACAAGUGCCCAUAUCAUGACACGAAUUAUUCAUAUUACCAUACGAAAUUUCCAUGUUGCCACACGAGAUAUCUCCUUUAUCCACUUAAAAAAAGAAAGCAGUGAAUACAACCCUACAGAUUGUUACAACAUAGGCAAUGCAAAUGAAUUAAAGGAAUGUGAGCAUAAAACAGAUGAAAUCAUUCAACAAGAAAAAUAUCAUGUGAAACUUAUUUUUUUACAACAGACAUUCAUAUGCCAGAAUGUGAAAUCAAAUUGGAUACUUUGCUUAUGCACAGAACAGAUUAAUUAUAUCAAUUUUGAAAAUCCAUUUAUGACUGCAAAUGUAUUUUUAAAGAAUACUAUUAUGCCAGCUUAUCAGGAGGAAAUGGAAAAUUGCAUCCCACUUUUAUAUAUGCAUAAGAUGAUGAAAAAUAAACAUUAUUUUUUAUAUCACACAAAGAGGAAAAAAAUAUUCUCGAAAGAAUCUCUACCAUUAAAGAAAACAUUACAUAUAAUAAAUACAUAUAAAAAAGAUUCUUUCUUUUUUUAUCUAAUCACCAAAUAUCGUUUCGAUGUCCAUUGUUAUUUUAAUAGCUUUUGUGCUCAAGUGAAUGGUUUGGUUAGUUUAUUUUUGCAAAUUUUAUUCCUUUUCGAAAAUGUGUAUAGAAUUAAGAAAUUUCAUAUUACGUAUCAUUACUUAGAACAAAUGUGGUCAUUGAGUCUGUUAGUUUUUUUAGUCAAGUUUUAUAGUUUUCAAGAAAAUCCAUCAAAAAAAGCACAUUUUUUUUCAGUACGAACAGAUAAGAGAGAAAAAAACAUCAAUCUGAGCAGAAAAUCAGAUACACACAAUCGUAGCCAUUCUAUCGAAGAAAACCAAGGAAGAUAUAGAAAAUUCCAUUUUAGAGAAAGUAACAUUAAUGACAAUUGCAUCCAUGGAGAAAAUAAAAAAAUUUCGGAUAAAAUCAAUAGAGUUAACAUAAACACUUUAAUACGAAUAAGGUGCACAGAAAUCCAAACUCGUCCAUUCAGUGGUACCUACAGAAGAGAAUUAUCAACAAGUAGAAACUGUUAUGAUACACAGAGGAAUCAAAAUGGUGACAAGGAUAUUCAUUCCAAUUGUAGGUUUGGUAGCAACGGGCGGAGUGCCACAAACGAUGAAAACGAUAACGAAAAUAACAGUGCUAGUAGAAAUGGCAGUGGAGACAGAGAAGAGACUGGAAGUGGGAGAAGAAGAAACAGAAAUGAUGAUAACCAGAGUGGUGGUGGUGGCAGUGGGAAGAAUCAUGAAAGUGAUGAUGAGAAUGGAGAAGAUGAUAGUGAAGAGGACAAACGUGAUGAAGAAAAUGAUGGAGAUGACAAAGGUGGAAAGCAGGGUGAAAAGCAGGGUGAAAAGCAAGAUGGAAAGCAAGAUGGAAAGCAAGGUGGAAAGCAAGGUGGAAAGCAAGGUGGAAAGCAAGAUGGAAAGCAAGAUGGAAACCAAAAUGACAAUGCAGAAAAUGAUAUAUUUGUGGCCAUAACUGCAGACAAUAAAGAACAAAAGGGAGAAUCGAGAAAUGCAUACAAAGCAAAUAGUAUGGCAAGUACAUUGGACAGCAAGGCAGGUGAUGGUAAUGCUAAAAACAAUAAAACAGGAAAAUAUAACAACACAUUUGAAGAUGAUGGUAAUAAUAUUUUUACAGAUACAGGUGAGAUAUGGAAGAGCAUUAUCAGGGACAGCAAAAGCAAUGAUAAGGGAAGUUGUAAUGGCCAUAAGCAAGAUGAAGAAAAAGAGAGAGGAGAUGAAGAAGAUGAAGAAGACGAAGAAGACGAAGAAGACGAAGAAGAAGAAGAUGAAGAAGAAGGCCAGAGAAGGAAAAGAAAAAAAAGAAAGCAAGAGAAACCUAGCUACAAUACUACAUCAGAGAAUCACCUGAAUUCUAAAUCUGCUAAUGAAAUUGUUCCUGAAAACAUGCCCCAUGGGAAUAGGGUUCCAGCGAAGGAAUUUCAUCAAAAUGAUAUUACUGCUAAUGAAAAGAUCAGUCAUGAAGAAAAUAAAAAUAAUAUUUCUGAAGACAAGAAUAAAGUAAAAGAAAACAGUCCCAAAGAAAGCUGCAAUACGCUCAAUACGCUCAAUACACUCAGUGGAAAUGCAAAAUGUGAAUGUGGCGAAUGUAAGCAACACAGGACUAAUAAGCAGGACGUAGAAGGAAAAGGAAAAAAAAUUGAAAGCAAUAAUAAACAGAAUACUAAUGGCGUGAAAAACAAAACAGAUAAAAAAGAUUUCAAUAUUAUGAAUAAUAUGCUUAAAAACCUUUCUUUCAUGUCAUUCAAUACAGGAUUGCUAGAAUACAAAAUAUGUGGUGUUCGUAUCUAUCAGAAUCCUCCAUUCAUUUCAAACAGAUUAUUACACAUUCCAUUUGCUCUAAAAAGAACUAAUGCAGACAUCAUAGCAUUACAGGAAGUAUAUGAUGAAAAGCAUGUUGAAUACCUGAAGAAUCAUUUAACGCUCAUUUAUCCAUUCUGUGCUAGAGAUAAUUAUUGUAGCGACACUUUCAAAGAAAUGUUUAAUGAUUCUAAUGGAGAAAAUGGAGAUUAUUCAAAAGAUGAACAGGAACAGAAUGGUUUAUAUAACCAAGAUAGCAAAAAUGACAAAUAUAUAUAUAAUUCAGAGAAUAGAAAGAGGGCCGAAAAGGGCAUCAUUACAACAAAGAGAGGAAAUAAAAAAGAAUUAACCUGUAGAAGAAAAAAAUACCUUGCCCUUCACCAUGGUUUGCUGGUAUUUAGUAAAUACCCAAUUAUAUACUCCUUUUUCCAUAGAUUUAAACAUGUAACGUAUCUGGAAAAUAUAUUUGGCACAAAAGGUUUUCUAGAAGUCGUUAUUGAUGUCCCAUUUUUUAGCUGCAUUACUUUGGUCAAUAUGCAUCUAGCUAGCGGUGCCGCAGAUACUGAAUCUAAAUAUAUAGAAAAGGUAAGAGAUUUCGAAAUCAGGCAAAUUAUGGAAACUGCUAGAAAUGCAGAGAAAAGGAAUACAAUUCCAAUCAUUAUUGGAGAUUUAAAUGCAGCUCCAAAUUUGUGUCCAAAUAACUAUUCUUCGUUUAUUAAAAGAGGAUGGAAAGACGCUUGGCUUUACGCUCGAAAUGUCAAAAAAAAAAAAAAAAAAAAAUUCAUAAGAAAAGCAUUACCACAGUUGCAGAAAAAAAAAGUGCGUAUAAUUUCUCCAAGUAUUUACAGCUCCACUAUUUACAAUUCCCAUAAUUACCCAUUUCCCAGUGAUAGCAAAGAGGUCCAGAAUAAAUCUGCUGUAGGGAUAAAUCUCAAUGUCAGCAGUGACAUAGAAAAAGUGGUAAUUGAAAAAUCAGACAAUAACUCCAAUCGUAAUAAUAAGGAGAAUUAUAAAUGUAAAGACAGCGUAAACCUAACAGACAGUAUUAUCAAUGAUGCUAUGUUUAACAAUAACCAUACGAAGAAUUCACAAAUUAUUUUCUACCAAGAAAGAGAAAACUUUAAUGAUAGAGAAAAUAAAAAUGAUAAUGAAAUAGGUAACGGCAAUUCCUUGCAUGUUUCCUUAUGUAAUAACGAUUCGACAAAUAACAACGUCAGAUUUUAUGAAAAUUUUGAAAAACCGUUCUGUAAUAAUUUCAUAAAUUCAAGAUGUUAUGUCAGCAUGUGUGAUAAGAAUGUACAUAUUAAUGGUGAAAAGGAAUGGAAUUUCGAUGAUAAUAUCAUAAAAUAUGAACCAUCAGCCUGUUUAGGAAAUAUAAAAUUAAAAAAGAGCGUAAACAAAUUUAACGAAAUUAGAAAUAAAGAAAUAAAAAGUGCAAUAAAAAAAAAUAUGCUAUUUAGGAAUAGCUUUCUAUAUAGACACCGCAUGUGCUUUUCGAAAGAUAUGAGUGCUCACAGUAAAAGACUUACUGUGGGCGAGAGCGUUUCUAAGUACUUGUGUGCUUCCAACAAGAAAGUCAUAAAAAUAAUUUCAAAAAUGCGUUCAAAAAUGUGUUCAAAAAUGUGUUCAAAAACGUGUUCAAAAAUUUGUUCAAAAAUAUAUUCAAAAAUAUAUUCAAAAAUGUGUUCAACAACGACAUCCAAAACAAUUAGAAUAUCUUCAAAAAUAAUUUCAAAAAAAAAAAAAAAAAAUUUGCCCACGAGUGAAGACAAAAUAAACUACCACAGCAGAAAAAGGUACACAAGAAAAAAUAUCAAAAGUCGGAACCCCUAUGUCAAGCAGAUUGCAUCCAGUUCCAAGAUGUUUAUGUUUAAAAGAAUUAAUCGUGUGAAAGCUUUAGACAAUUCCUCUUCACAUUCUUUGAAAAUCGGUGGUAUUGCCCAUUGUUCUGUUACAGUGGAUUCAGAUAACGUGAAUGGAAAAUAUAACCUUUUGGGUAAAACUUCUGAUAAAAAGGUGGAAGAAAACUUACAUAUGAAUGGAAUCCAUCGUAAACAAUUUUGCACCAUACGUAAUUGGAUAAAGCAUUAUAAUUUAAGUAAUGGAGAUAUCGUUAGAGAUAAUGAAAAAGAUGUUGAUAUGAAAGAAAAUAAUCAUAUGGAUAGAGAUGUACAUGCAUUUUUAAAAAAAUCUAGGGACAUACAGAAUCAUAUCAAUUACAUCACAAAUAAGAAAGAAAAAAUAGAGAAUCAAGGAAGACAAGGGAACCUAUUAAGUUGUUCAGCUUGUUAUUAUUUCAAAAAUAAAGAGAAUUUAAAUUGUAACAUUUUAAGUUGUAAAUUUAGCACAUGCAACAAGAGUGAUGAAUUUUUUAAAAUUGUUAAAAUUAACGAGGAAGAAAAAUGGAAUGCACAUAAAAUAGAAGAAGCAGAAAAUUAUCAUGCCAUAACAAAUGGAUAUUAUAACAACACUGAACAAAAUUUGUUCUCUAGUGAUGUAUCAAGUGAAAGCAAUCAUUCAUAUACCGAUCUUUAUGAUGAUGAGGAGGAGGAAGAAGAAGAAGAAUCUAAUUGGUUUAGUGACAGGAGUUCUAAUGUAUCAAGGAAUGACCUACAUGAAAGUGUGAACACAGGUUCAAGGAUUCAGAAAGAACAAAUAGAGGUUAUCAUAGGAGACAUAAACGAAGGAAACAAUGAAGAUACAGUAGAGGGAUGUAUCCAUUUUGACACAAGGGAAAAGGCAUCAGACACGAUAAAACGAAUCAAUUUUUCAGAAAGUGAACAACCAAUUGGUAGUGAUUCUAAAAAAGAAGGAAGUAAAAAAAUAUUAGGUUACAUACCAUUUGAACAAUUGAAAGAACAAAAAGGAGCUGAUAAAAUGAAUCUUCUGCACCAUGGUAAGGACACUGCCAAUAUGCAAAUCCUGAAAAAUAGUGAAAAUGAUAACUCAACACAUGAUCAAAUACAAAAUGAAAGAUGCAUGCAAUUAAGUGACACAACUACUACUUUUUAUGAAAUUUCGUUAAAUGAUGAUAAUAAAAAAGAAAUACAGAAUGUGGAUGCAAAAUGUGAAAACAAAUUGAAAAAACAAAACAUGCGUAAUAUUUUCGCCAAUUUACAAUUCUUACAGAGAGGAGAUAAAGAGGAGAAGUUUUCUAUGUUGAAUAGUAUGGACAUUAGCAAAGACAGAAGUGAUACAAAAAUUUAUGACAUUGACGUGCUAAACAUUGCUCAUUGUAACGACUCUAUGCUUGCAAAAAGUAGAAGCGGUUCAACUAUUAGUAGUUACGAUGAUAUCAACUUCACCCUUCCAGAUACAGCUAAGGAUACCACGGAGGAAAAAAUGAAUAUUAAUCCAAAUGAAAAAACGGAAAAAAUAAGCAAAUUAAAGAAAAAAAUAAAACAAAUGAAAAAAAAAUUCUUUUAUAACAUUCUCAGAAAUUGUGAAAGGAAUCAUGCAGGCAAGGCUGAAAAGAAAACACUGUUGAGGGAUGAUCAGGAAAGAAAACGAGAUGACGAGCUAUUCGAUAUACAGGAUAGAAAGAAAGAGGUAGCAGUGGAAAAUGAAUUCAUAUUAAAAAAAGAAAAGGGAAAAAAUGAGAAUGAUUACUAUCUCUUUCCGUGCUUUAACCAAAAGGUGAACAUUGCACAAAUAGCUAAUUUUAAAAAUGAGGAGAAACAAACGGUAGAUCAUUCUCCCAGCAACACUGGGGGGGAGGAUUCAGUGCAAAAUGAUAAAAUAACAAAUGACGAAAGAAAAACAUCAGGUGGGAAUUUUCUACGAUUCACCAAAAGGUGGUACAACAAUAGAAGCCAAGAAGCACUGAAAAAAGACAUUUUUUAUUUCAUUAAAAAAUUAAAAUUUAAAACGACAAACAAAUUGAAACAGAAAAUUUACAAUCAGGAACAUAGUACAAUAAACAAUAUAAAUGAUGAGAAACAAUUUCUGAUACUUGAAAAGGAGCAGAAAAGUGAAUCACAUCGUAUUCAAAACAGCUGCAAUUUUGUUGAAAAUAAUUCGGAUCCUCAAAAGCCGAUGAAUCAUAUUAAACUGGUAAAUACCUUGUUCAAAAUGUGUGAAUAUGACACGAAGUUAAAAAAUCAGGGGAAUCAAAAUAAUCAAAUGGAUCAAAUGAAUCAAGCGAAUCAAGCGAAUCAAGCGAAUCAAGCGAAUCAAGCGAAUCAAGCGAAUCAAGCGAAUCAAGGGAAUCGAGAAAAUCAAUCGAAUCAAGCGAAGCAGAGAAAUACCAAGAAUGCGAAAAAUAAGAAGAAUUCUCCAAAAAGUAAAAAACAUUACAUUUUUAAAAGAAGAAAUAAAGAGAAAAACGACAACGAUCAUUUUAGGGAGAAUAACGAAGAAGGAGAAAACUCUUUGGAUGAACGUAAUGUAAUCUGGCAAAAUAACGAUUCAUCAAAAAAGAAAAAGUUUACACUUAUUUGGAGCGAAACAAGAGGGGAUGAAUCAUCUCAAGGAAGUUUAUAUAAUAAAACGAAUCUAAAUAUAAAAAAUAAAAGCUUCUGUAAAAUGCAAGAAAAAGAAAAUGUUUCUAGUGAUGAAUUCACUUGGGACCCCCUGAACCCGUUAAACGCAAUUGGACCACAUUCCAGAUGUAAUGGAUUACGAUGCGAUUAUAUAUUCUUUCCUCCCAUUAACCAUAACAAAAGAAAAAAUGGAAAAAAUGGAAAACACGCUAAACGAGGAAAAAGUAGUCAGUAUGCCCAUAUUAGACAAAACGAUAAACAAAGUAAUAAUCCUAGUGGAGCUAAGUCGCAUAUAAGUAUGAACAUAAAAAAAAAUAGCGACAGUGAAAUUAUCAUGAAGAAGGGGUGCAGAAUUAGGAAGAGAACAAAUAUGUCCUCUGAAACAUGUGGUACCAAUCACGAAUGUCAAAAGUAUUCCAAUUUUUUCUGGAACCCCCAAGCUACUACAGGUACCUCCAAAACGCUUGUUGGAAAUAACAAAAGCGAUAUGAUCUAUGAACACAGAAAAGAAGAAGCAGAAGAAGAAACUUUUAAUAUAAGGAAAUAUAGAGACCAAAAAAUUUUGAAACAUUAUUAUAUCAAGAGUGCCAAGAUACUUUUUAACGAACCUUCUGUAAUGGUUCAUUCGCAUAGGAAUUACAAAAAUUUUAAUUGCUGCUAUUCUGUAUGUAUGAAAAUAAAAAAUGUCCAUUUUGUGACCAUGUCAGAUCAUUACGCUAUUAAGAUAGAUUUAAGACUGAAAAAAAAUCAUAAGUUUGUCCAUAACAAGUAG